UCUAAAUCCUAUUUAUUAAGUGAAGUUCAGUCAUUACAAAACACCUGUCAAAAUGGAGGACCACAUGAGCACAUUUUCUUCUGAAAACUCCAACAACUUCACAAAUGGAACAGAAGCAGAAAACAGUUCAGUUCCAGGUAAAGCGCUUGGCCACGGCCUGCUUUGUAAAGUGUGUUCUGAUUCAAGCAGUGGUAAACACUACGGCAUCUACGCCUGUAACGGCUGCAGUGGCUUCUUCAAGCGCAGUGUCCGACGAAGGCUCAUCUACAGGUGUCAGGCUGGAACUGGCACAUGCCCUGUUGACAAGGCUCAUCGAAACCAGUGUCAAGCUUGUCGACUAAAGAAGUGUCUCCAGGCUGGCAUGAACAAAGAUGCUGUGCAGAAUGAGCGACAGCCCCGAAGCACAGCGCACGUCAGUCUCGAUUCUAUCUGUGUGGAUACUAAGAAGGAGCACCUUGCCACGACACGGGAUCUCACCUCAUCUGCCCCCUACUCAUCGGUCAUCUGCAGACCUCUGGUCACCUCCUCUGUCACCACCUCUGCCACCACCCAGCCCUGCAGCAACCCCAGUAACAACCACCGCUUCAUGGUCAGCCUGCUGACUGCUGAGACCUGUGCAAAACUGGAGCCUGAGGAUGUGGAUGAGAAUAUUGACGUGACAACCAAUGAUUCAGACAGAGAUCGGACUCCCUCCGACUGUCGUAUGUCUCCAUACACCUCCAGCUGUUCAGAGAGUAUAUAUGAGACAUCGGCACGGCUCCUCUUCAUGUCUGUCAAGUGGGCAAAGAAUUUGCCUGUUUUCGCUCACUUGCCAUUCCGAGACCAGGUGAUUCUCCUUGAAGAGGCUUGGAGUGAGAUGUUCCUCCUGUGUGCCAUCCAGUGGUCCCUGCCCAUGGACAGCUGUCCUCUUCUGACUCUGCCAGAUCUUUCUCCCACGCAGCAGGCCAAGACCUGCCCCCCCACAGCUGAGCUGCGCGUCUUGGAGGAGGUCUUCCAUCGCUUCAAGUCCCUGGGUGUUGAUCCUACUGAGUUUGCCUGCCUGAAAGCCAUUGUGCUGUUCAAGCCAGAGACACGCAGCCUCAAAGACCCAGAGCAGGUGGAAAAUCUUCAGGACCAGUCACAGGUGUUGCUCCGUCAGCACAUCCAUUCGGUUCACCCCAGCCAAAGCGCCAGGUUUGGGAGACUUUUACUUCUGCUGCCGUCCCUCCACUUUGUGAGCUCUGAGAAACUAGAGCAGCUGUUCUUUCACAGGACCAUUGGCAGCACACCCAUGGAGAAGCUGCUGUGUGACAUGUUCAAGAACUAACCAAGCAUCGAGGGAAGCCGUGCGACACAUGCUGAGAAAGCACAUUAAACCAGCUCUAAAGCAACGUGAAUCUGGUUGUAUAUUUCACAAUAAUGGCACAAUGAUUAAUUAGGCACACAGUGAUUCAGUGAUUUUUGGACCAUGUCUUUGUAAAUAUUUUGAUUUUGUUAUUAAGGACCACAGACAUACUAAAUAUGUUUGCGUUGGUACUUAGUUGCAGGGAAAAGUGUUUUUUUUUAUUACAGUAUAUGAAAAUGAGGAUAUGUGUUUCAGAUGUCAGUAUUUAUCUUAAAUAAAUAUGGACAUUUUGUAUUUGUUGUUCAUGUCUGGUCAUUUUAUACAUUCUUAAUUUGGUUUUACAGAAGCAGAAGAGAACAUGACACAUACAAUGCUACAAAGAGAUGACACUAUUCAGAAUAUCUCUGUUAAUUUAAUAGUAUUAUUUAUUACAGACAUAUUGGUUAAUGGUAUGUAUUUCAGUGACUAUAUAACCAGACAUUGCGUUACGCCUGUAGAUAUGACUGGAUAUGUUUGAGGUUAUGAAAAAAUCGUGCAAACAUGAACUUUACAUAUCUUAGUCACAAAUCUUUAAUAAACACAUUUUGUUGGGAUUCUUACCAAAAAACCUGCUCGUUAUGUGGAGUAGUAACAGGUCAUAAUUAGGGUUGGACUGAGUAUGGACCCUGGCUGAUUAUCGAGACCAAUAUUCAGCAUUUUCCAAUCAUAGGUAUCUGGGAUUUUUCUUUUUGCAGGUAAAAUAAAAUUUUAAAAUCUUUGGCUCUGAUUCAGCAUCCUCGCACACAAUGUACCACCGCCAACAACAAUAUCUGACAUGUCAUAAUAUACAGCCUAGAAGCAAGAAUUAUCUGAAUCUGCAAAGUAACAAGUAACCAAAUAUAUCAAUAAAUGUAGUGGAGAAGAUUUAUGAUGUGGCAGAAAACUGAAAUGCUCGUAUAAAGCACCUCAAAAUUGUACUUAAGAACAGUACCUGAGUAACUUGUACUUACUUUUUCAUCAGUGGUUGUUUGAAAUUUUGAUACAAAAAGAUUAAUUUACUUAAUAUUGGUCCCAAAUAUCAGUUUCCAGUCUCCUUGAUUUCUUAUUGUUGGUGUGAGCCCUGAAAAAGCAAUAUCAGUCAAGCCCUAUUUAUCGUUUUUUUAAAACUCAUGCCCUCAAAAAUCCUACGUUGGUCUGGAUCUAAUAUGACCUGCGUAAGCUACGGGACAGUAGGAUUCAUCAUGGAUAAAGAGCUUACUGAAAGACAAGAUCAGCAGUUUUCUUUCCAAACACAGUUCCUGAAUACUGUCGGGCAUCCUUUUCUGGGAAAAAUAGCUUGAUGCUCUUGA